CCAUGAUCAAGAAAACAUACAGAAGCAGUUCUCUGAUAGCAAACAAAGCCACAGAACACAACAAUCACUCUCUUUCGGAGUAGCAAGUAUAUCAUCUAAUAGAGGAAAAGAUGUCUCUGAUUCCAAGUUUCUUCGGUGGGCGAAGGAGCAACGUCUUCGAUCCUUUCUCCCUCGACGUUUGGGACCCCUUCAAAGACUUCCAAUUCCCGAGCUCUCUUACUUCUUCAGAGAAUUCUGCGUUCGUCAACACUCGUGUGGACUGGAAGGAGACUCCCGAAGCUCAUGUGUUCAAGGCUGAUCUUCCUGGUCUCAAGAAGGAGGAAGUGAAGGUUGAGAUCGAAGAUAACAGUGUCCUUCAGAUCAGCGGAGAGAGGAACGUUGAGAAGGAGGACAAGAACGACACCUGGCACCGUGUGGAGCGCAGCAGCGGCAAGUUCAUGCGGAGGUUCAGGCUCCCCGAGAACGCCAAGAUGGAUGAGGUGAAGGCAGCCAUGGAGAAUGGUGUUCUCACUGUCACUGUUCCCAAAGCAGAAGUUAAGAAACCCGAUGUUAAACCCACAGAUCACUGGUUAGACGUGCGUGAGAAUGAAGCAAUUCUGCAUCCAAUUAGCUGUUGAGUCUUGUUUGUUUUCCUCUUGUAGUAAUGCGUCUGUCUGUGUGUGUGUAAUCUCCGCUUAAUUCUGUUAUAUUUUGCUUGAAAAUGGUGUGAUUUCUUCAAAAGAA